CAUAUCAUUUUUUUUUGUCCACUAUUCAUCUAUCUAUCUUCUUCUUCUUCUUCAAUUCAUUUUGUUGUUGCAUGAUAUUAAGUUUUGUGACCAUAUAAUAUAAUAUGGCACAAAAUGAUAAUAGCCAAGGUCUAACAGAAGAAGAAUACAAAGAACUUGAACCAAUCAUAAAAAAAUACCACAAAUUCGAACCAAUCUCAUCAAACACAUGCUCUUCAAUCAUAACCUACAAAAUUCAUGCACCAACAAGCAUAGUGUGGCCAUAUGUAAGAAGCUUCGAAAAUCCACAAAAAUACAAACAUUUCAUAAAAGGUUGUAACAUGAAAGGUGACGGAAAUGUUGGAAGUAUAAGAGAAGUAUCGGUUGUUUCGGGUUUGCCAGCUUCAACAAGCACUGAAAGACUUGAAAUUUUGGAUGAUGAAAAACAUGUACUAAGUUUUAGAGUUGUUGGUGGUGAACACCGACUUCAAAACUAUCGUUCGGUUACUUCGGUGAAUGAGUUCAUUAAUAAUGAAGGUAAGGUUUAUACUAUUGUUUUGGAAUCUUAUAUUGUUGAUAUUCCUCAUGGAAACACUGAAGAAGAUACCAAGAUGUUUGUUGACACUGUUGUCAAGCUUAAUCUUCAGAAACUUGGAGUUGUCGCAAAUUCAAACAUGCAUGACAAUAAUAUAUGAUUCAUGUUUUAAUUUAUUAAUUCAUUAUUUAGGAAUAUUGAUCUCAUGGACUCUUUAAUAUGUUUGAGUUCAUUAGUUAUUACUAUUGGUUAGUAUUAAUUAAUUACUAUAAUAAUGCAUGUUUCAUUUUCAUUGUUUUUCUUAUUCUUAAUUGAUAUUCUUCUCUCAU